AAUAUUUGAUUUACAUCUACUCCAAAGUCAGCCAAUGGAGAUUCCUGCAAAGAUUGUAAUGUCUUCUGGAACUCACUCUUAUUAUAUAGCAGUUAAAGCUUCGCUUCAUUCGUCUGAUACUGCCGUAUUUGGAUUGAAUGAUGAAGAAGAGAUAGCAUUAGCCAAACGCUUUGAAGAUUAUAAAAAAGAAGUUAUUAAUGGAAUACUACUGAAAACUCCACCGAUUGAUUUGAUUAAUGCAUUGUCAGAACUUGGAUAUAAAGUUGUCUGCACAACUGGAGAAGCAGAAAUAGUCUGGACUAUGAAACGUGACAUUUAAUUCUUUCUUAAAAGCAAUAUAUUUAGCCAUUCCAUACUCUACUAUUAUAAAAAAAUAAAAGUACAAUUUUCUAAAGAUUAUUUUUAAGUAAAAUUACAAUAGAAAAUAUUUUUCCAAUAAACAAAAAUG